AUGCUGUGUUGGUGGGCACAUGUGCUUGUUGCGGUACUUGCAUACGCCUCUGGCGUAUGGGGUGCGCGCGCUUCGGCAUCGAACCCUGAAUUGAAAGCGGAUGGCGUGAUGCCGGUGCGCACACACUCUCUGUUCUCCCCGUAUGUCGACUCAUCGCUGCAAAAUAACUACUGGGACUAUGGCGGUGACGCUGUGAUUGAUACCAACCGCUAUGUCAUGCUCACACAAGACCGACGGAAUGAGUCAGGCUGGCUGUGGUCGCGUUUGCCGCUUGAAGCGUCUGAUUUCGAGAUUACCGUCGAGUUUUCGCUGAAGGGCAAGUCGCCGAGCGUCGCAGGAGAUGGCUUUGCGAUGUGGCUGAGCAACCCGCGCGCGAAGUCUGGUCCUGUAUUUGGCUCGGCCAACCGCUGGAAGGGCUUGGGUAUUUUCUUUGACACGUAUGCCAACACGCCACACCGUGGCUUCUUCCCACGCAUUAGCGCUGUGCGAAACAAUGGUGGUAUGGACUAUGACAUUAGCCGCGACGGUGAGAACCAAGAUAUGGCACGCUGCUCCAUGCAACUGCGUCGCACUGAAGCAGAGACGCGUCUGCGCUUCACCUAUGUGAAAGAUGUAUACAUGGAGUUGGCCAUCCAGAAUAUGGAAUGGAACAAGUGGAGCACCUGCUUCAAAGUUCCGCCCGUCGACUUUACUGACGCACCCUACCUCGGUUUUUCCGCCAGUACAGGCGAUAUGAGCGACAAUCACAAUAUCGUAUCCGUAUGGACAAACCGUCUAGUGUACAACAGCCGCACACCCGCCGAUCUGGAAGCUGAGCGUAAACUCGCAUUUGCGAAGUCGGAGAAGAAGUCAUGGUGGUCGGCCAACUCUGACUCGGAUAACGAUGUGGCGCCCAAGAAAGGCGGACGUCGCGACCGCGACCAAGGAGGCUCGUCACUUCUGGCAGGGCUGGUGUACGGUAUUCUCCGCCUCAUCAAGUGGGCCUUCAUUUUUGCAGUCGUGGGCGCUGGUGGCUUUUAUGGUUUCAAGUACUACAAAAAGCGUUCCCGCUCGGGCUUCAAGAAUCGCCGUAUGAUGGCCUAG